CGGAUUGCGGCCACUAUUGCUUAUUUGCCCCUGGUUUUGAAUACAUCUUUGGACGCCGAAGAGACGACGAAUGGAUUUUGGGAUGCUUUUUGCCGCCGGAUGAAUUUCUCCUCCUAAUCAUGUCUUCGUUUGAUUGCCUCCAAAACUCCAAAUCGCUGAUUAAACAAUGAUAACAAAUUUCUUUAAAAGAAAAUCACCGUCUCCAUCCAAUCAAAGCGAAGAUGCGGGACAAAGUUCAAGUGUGAAUGUAUCAAAUAGCACUCCUUCACUGCCAAAAGAAAUCGAUUUGGAUAACCUUCCUUGGGAUCCCGCAGAAAGGAAAAGAAUUUCAGAAUAUCAUCCUAAUCAAAGAGAUGAAAUAAGAAGAAAAUAUUUGCUUAGAGGACCCUGCCAACCUCGUGGUCAUGAUUUUCCUCAGAAAAUUAUAAGCAAAAAAUUGCGACGGUUUAAUCCUGCUUGGUUCGAUCAUUAUGGGAAUUGGUUAGAGUACAGUGUAAAAGUGGAUAAAGCAUUUUGCUUGUGUUGUUACUUGUUUAGAGAUAACUAUGAAAAUCAAGCAGGAAACGAUGCAUUUGUCACAGAGGGCUUUUCUAGCUGGAACAAAACUGAAAGAUUAGCUAGCCAUGUUGGUGAAGUUAAGAGCUUUCAUAACAUAGCUGUCGAAAGGUGUGAAGAUUUGAUGAAGCAAGAUCAAUCAAUCAGUGUUGCUCUUCAUAAGCAAACAGAGACCGCGAAAAGUGAGUAUCGCAUCAGAUUAAAUGCUUCAAUUGAUGUUUCUAGAUUUCUUUUACAUCAAGGGUUGCCAUUUCGUGGUCAUAAUGAAACUGAAGACUCUAAUAAUAGAGGAAAUUUUUUAGAAAUGAUAAAGUAUACUUCAAAUCAAAAUGAAGUUGUACGAAAAGUCAUACUAAAAAAUGCUCCUGGAAAUAAUCAAAUGGUGUCUCCUAGUAUUCAGAAAGACAUUGCUCAUUGUUUUGCGCAAGAAAUAGUGAACUUUAUUGUCACAGAAAUUGGUGAUGAUGUUUUUGGGUUGAUGAUUGAUGAGUCUAGUGAUGCAUCUGAUAAGGAACAAAUGGCUGUAGUUUUGAGGUAUGUUGACAUGUUUGGGAUAAUUAAAGAAAGAUUUGUUGGUGUUACUCAUGUCAUGGAUACUUCUGCAUUAUCUCUCAAAAGUGCUAUUGAUGCUUUAUUUGCUGAAUAUGGGUUGAGUUUGAGUAAGGUUAGAGGUCAGGGUUAUGACGGUGCAAGCAAUAUGCGGGGCGAGUUUAAUGGGUUGAAAGCUUUGAUUUUGAGAGAAACUAGUUCAGCAUAUUAUGUGCAUUGUUUUGCUCAUCAGCUUCAAUUAGUUGUUGUGGCGGUUGCCAAAAAACACUUUGAGGUAGGGAAUUUUUUUGAUAUGAUAUCUCUAUUGAUGAAUGUUGUUGGGGCUUCUUGCAAACGGAAAGAUAUGAUCCGUCAAAGUCAUCAAGAAAAAGUUAAGCAAGCCAUUAGUUGUAAUGACAUUAGUACGGGAAAAGGUUUGAAUCAGGAGAUUAUGCUACAAAGAGCUGGAGAUACUCGAUGGGGUUCUCAUUACAAAACACUUUUACGUGUGGUCGAGUUGUUUCCAUCUAUUGUUGAAGUUCUUGAAUUUGUUGAAAAAGAUGGUAAAGAUGAUGUGAAAAGACGUCAGGCACAUGGUAUUCUCGUCUAUUUUCAAUCAUUUGAUUUUGUGUUUUAUUUGCAAUUGAUGUUGUUGAUUUUGGGGCUCACAAGUUCUUUAUCAAUGGCCUUACAAAGAAAAGAUCAAGACAUUAUAAAUGCUCUGUCAUUAGUAAGGUCAACUAAGGAGCAGUUGCAACAGGUUCGCAAUGAUGGGUUUGGUUCACUUUUGAAAAAAGUCUCUGAUUUUUGUGACAAACACGAAAUUUCAAUGUUGAGAAUGGAAGAAGAUUACAUUAAUCCAAAAAGGCCUCGUAAAAAAAGUAAUACCACUAACUUCCAUUAUUAUUUUGUGGAUUGCUUUUAUACAGUUGUAGAUAUGCAACUUGUAGAAUUCAAUGAUCGGUUUGAUGAGGUGAAUACAGAAUUGCUCAUGUGUACAGGAGCUUUGAGUCCAAGUGAUUCUUUUAGUGGGUUUAAUGAACUGAAAUUGAUGAGAUUGGCCGAGUUUUAUCCUGAUGACUUUGACUUUAUGGAUCGACAUACUCUUGAGCAUCAACUGAAACUCUAUAUGAAUGAUGUGCUUCAUGAUGAACGCUUCUCUCACUUGAAAAGCCUUGGCGACCUUGCUAAAAUGUUGGUGGAUACCAAAAAACAUCUCUCAUAUCACUUAGUAUAUCGACUACUUAAAUUGUCAUUGAUUUUGCCAGUAGCAACCGCCACCGUUGAAAGAUGUUUUUCCGGGAUGAAAAUUGUGAAGUCAAGUCUGCGCAAUAGGAUUGGCGACCAGUUUUUGAAUGAUUGUCUUAUUUCUUAUGUUGAAAAAGAUGUGCUUGAUACAGUUACGAAUGAAGUGGUGAUGGAGCGUUUUCAAAAAAUGAAAACUCGUAGAGAGCAAUUGUAAUAAAUAUUUUCUAGUAUGCUAACAUUGGUUUUUUUCAUCUUUCAAAGUUGCUUUAUAAUUAUUAGAAUUUUUCUUACCUUUUACUUAAUUUUUG